GUCAGCUUACGACGUCGUGUAGCGGCUGCAGCAUGCUGAGGUGGCUGCUCCUAGUGGCGCUGGUGGCGGCGGCCAAACGUUCACCCCCUCCACAGCAGCACCAGGAAUCCGUCAUCGAAGAGGUCACGGCCAAGCAGCUGGACCGGGUCCUCCAGGAUAAGGGAUACGUCGCUGUCUUUUGGUAUACAAGGAGUUGUACGACAUGCGACAAAGUUCUCGAAGAAUUAGAACAAAUAGACGAUGAUACCGAUUCCUUCGGGGUAGAUUUUGUAAAAAUUAACGAUAAACGACUGGCCAAACAGUAUGGCAUUAACAAAUUUCCAGCCCUUACAUAUUUUAGGGAGAAGCAACCGAUCAUCUAUGAAGGUGACUUGAUGGAUGAAGAAAACGUAUUGGACUUUCUUACGAGUUUGGAAGCUAUGGAUCUACCGGACAGAAUAGAAGAAGUAAACGCGAAAAUCCUAGAAAAAAUUGUACAAGAAACCGAUUUUGUAGCCGUAUUAUUCUGUCCAGAUCAAGAAACAUGUCAGAAAGGUGGUGCCAAUAAACCAGAAUGCAAGAAGUGCUCUAAAGUUCUGUUAGAAUUGGAAAACAUCGACGACGAAGCUGAUCAACUUGGCAUUGGAUUUGUCAAGAUCAAUGAUGAAAACCUUGCCGAAGAAUAUAACCUUGGCCCUUUACCAUCUCUGGUGUACUAUAGGCAUCAAAUUCCUAUUAUUUAUUCAGGAGAUCUAACGAAGGAAGAAGAUGUGCUGGAAUGGUUGGUGCAACAUAAAAGUACAGGAGAUGAAGAUGAUGUUAUUGAAGAUGUAACGUUAAAAACCCUUGGUACACUUAUCAGUAGUGUUGACCAUUUAGCUGUGUUGUUUUAUGAUCAUGAAGAGGAAGAAUCGUUGCAGAUAUUAGACGAAUUAGAAAACAUUGACGACGAUUGUGAUAAAUAUGGCAUCCAGUUCGUGAAAAUUGACGAUCCUGCAGCUGCCGAUGAAUAUGGACUGGAUAGUUUACCCAGCGUAGUGUAUUUCGAAAAAGGUAUUCCAAAUGUUUAUGAUGGCGACUUAGAAGAAGAGGAAGAACUCCUAAAUUGGCUCGUGGAACAACUGGAAAAGGAUGAAAUUGAAGAUGUGACCGAUGAGAUGCUUGAUAAACUCAUAGCUGAAUCAAAAUUCUUAGCUGUUUUAUUUUAUGACGACAAAGAUAGAAAAUCACAAAAAGUUUUAAACGAACUCGAAAAUAUCGACGACGAAUGCGACAAAUUGGGCAUCGUUUUUGUUAAAAUCGAUAACGCCGAUGAAGCCAAAGAAUACGGAAUUGAGAAAAUUCCAUCAUUAGUAUAUUUCGAAACUGGUAUCCCCACCUUAUACGAAGGCAACUUGGAAGAUGAAGAUAAAGUAUUGAAAUGGUUCGAACAUCAGUUGAAGAAUGACGAAAUUGAAGACGUUACAGAUGAGAUGCUCGAUAUUCUUUUGCAGAAGAAGCAGUUCGUAGCCGUACUCUUUUAUGAUAAAGACCAAAAGAAAUCCCAAAAAGUAUUAGCUGAACUAGAAAAUAUCGAUGACGAAUGUGAUCAAAACAACAUCGUCUUUGUAAAAAUUGAUAAUGAUGACGAAGCUAAAGAGUAUGGUAUUGAUGUUAUACCUAGUUUGGUGUUUUUCGAAAAAAAAAUUCCACAUCUGUAUGAAGGAGAUUUAACAAAAGAAGAAGAAUUAUUAGGAUGGUUGAUUCACCAGAAAAAGCACAGUGAAAUUCCGGAUAUUACGGAUGAAAUGAUGGAUCUGCUAAUUGAGUCUCAAAAGUACUUAGCUGUUUUAUUUUAUGACAAAGACGAUAAGCAGGACAUCAGGGUUCUGAAUGAGUUAGAAAACAUCGACGAUGAUCUAGAAAGGGAAGGCAUCGUUAUUGUACGAAUAGAUAACGACGCUGAAGCCAAGGAAUUUGGUAUUGACCACUUACCUACCCUAAUUUAUUUUGAAGAUAAAAUACCUUCACUUUACGAAGGAGAUUUGAUGAAUGAAGAAGAGGUACUAGCAUGGUUAAUCGAACAAAAGAAUUCGGCGACAAUUGAAGAGGUUACAGAUGAAAUUUUGGAAGACUUAAUAAACGAACACGAAUAUGUAGUGGUUUACUUUACAGGAAACUGUGAUGAAGGUGACAAAUGUGAUGACAUCCUCAACCAGCUUGAAAACAUCGACGAUGAGCUAGAUGAAACUGGUAUAAUCUUCGUUACAACGGAAGAUUUGGUACUGGCUAAAAAACAUAAUAUUAAAACCUUCCCAAAACUGGUUUUCUUUAGAAAUAAAGAACCCUUAGUUUAUCAGGGAGAUAUUGAAGAUGAAGACGAAGUUCUUGCAUGGUUGACCGAUGAAGAUACUUUAGAAAUUCCCGAUCGAAUUGAGGAAGUCAACAUUAAAAUGCUUGAUAAAAUCCUGGCUGAGAACGAAUAUGUUGUUGUCUAUUUUUACAAAGAAGGAGAUAAAAGAUCGCAAAAGAUUCUUCAAGAAUUAGAAAAUAUCGAUGACGAUUGUGAAGAUAAAGAUAUUGAUUUCGUAAAGAUUUCUGAUGAAGGGAUUGCCAAAGAGUACGAUUUGCCCAGUUUACCAUCUGUCGUAUUUUACAGAAACCGAUUUAGAGACAUCUACAGCGGAGAUAUAAUGAACGAAGACGCCAUUCUACAAUGGGUAUUAAAUUUAAAAGAAUCCGCUCCUGAGGUUAUCGAAAACGUAGACAGAAAAACUUUACAGGUACUCAUCAAUGACAUCGAACAUCUAGCUGUUCUCUUCUAUGCUGAUAAUUGUCCUGAAUGCGACGAAGUGUUGGAAGAACUAGAAACUAUUGAUGAUGAUACUGAUAGACAUGGAAUACAAUUCGUCAAAUCUAGAGAUGCCAGGUUGGCUUCGGAAAUAGGAAUAUUCAGUUUUCCCGCUCUAGUAUACUAUGAAACGGGAGUUCCAAUCAUGUACGAUGGACAACUUUCAGACGUCAACGAAGUUUUAGACUGGAUGAUGGACCAGAAAAACGACGAAAGUAUAGAAGGAAUAGACAGGCAAACUCUAUUUAAGUACAUAGAGUCAAAAGAAUUUUUAGCCGUGGUUUUUUAUAAAGAAGAGGAUCCAGAUAGUCCGAGAGUGCUACGUCACAUUGAGUUAAUCGAUGAUGAAGCUGCAGAAUAUGGUAUCAAGAUUGUUAAAAUGAAAGACAGGCUUAUGGCGAAGAAAUACGGUUACAGAAACCCUCCAGGUGUAACUUACUUUAGAAAAGGAAAACCUAUAAAUUAUGACGGUGACAUAGACGAUGAAGAAGAGUUACUUGACUGGUUGACUGAACCAGAGAAUAUGGAAUUAACCGAUCACAUAGAACGAGUCAACAGAAAAAUGUUCGAAAAAAUCAGACAGAGAUCGGACUAUGUGGCGGUAUUUUUAUAUAGUGCAGAUUGCAAGCAAUGUCCAAGAGUAUUAUCUGAAGUAGAACAUAUAGACGAUGAAGCUGACGCUGCUGGAAUCAACUUUGUCAAAAUCGAUGACAAAAGUCUCGCUAAAGAAUAUGGUGUCUUUGCUUUGCCUGCAAUCUUGUUCUUCAAAACCGGAUCCAGAGAGCCGGUGAUAUACGCUGGCGACCUCUAUGACGAACAACAAAUACUUCAAUGGCUGAUGACCCAAAAAGAUCCAUCGGGCGACAUAAUAGAAGCGGCAGAAGGUAGCGAGUUGAUCACAAUGAUCGACAACGAAGAAGCCCUUGCAGUGUACUUUUAUAGCGACGAGUGUGACCAGUGUUCCAAUAUUCUGGAAGAACUGGAAAACAUCGACGACGAUUGUGAAAGACACGGCAUCAAAUUUGUCAAAACCAACGAUUUGAGAAUAGCAGAACAAUACGGAGCUACCGACUUCCCUUUGUUGAUGUAUUUUGAAAAUGGUGUGGGUGGCGUGUUUGAAGGUGAUCUGGAGGAAGAGGAAGAAGUGCUUCAGUGGCUAAUACAACAACGAACGGAAGACAGAAUUGAGCUUAUUACCAGAGUUAUGUUAGAGAGGAUGGUCGAGGAUACUCAGUAUCUUGCUGUGUAUUUCUAUAAGCAGAACUGUCACAUUUGCGAACAAAUUCUCGAAGAACUAGAACAAAUCGACGAUGAAUGCGAUGUCUACGGUAUACAGUUGGUUAGGAUAAUAGACCCACAAUUGGCAAAAAGAUACAGUAUUAAAACAUUCCCCGCCUUGGUUUACUUCCGCAACGGCAACCCCCUACUUUUCGAGGGCGACUUACAAAACGAGCAGAGCGUCCUCGAAUGGCUGAUUGACGAUGACAACAGAGAGCUGGCAGACGAGAUCGAGGCAGUGAACGAGAGAAUGCUCACGCGGCUCUUGAGCGAGUCUCCAUUUUUAGCGGUGUUCUUCUAUGACGAAGACUGUCCCGAAUGUGAUGACAUUCUAGAGAACCUCGAACAAAUUGACGGUGAGGCUGAUCUUUUCGGCAUCGAUUUCGUAAAGAUCUGCAGCGCCAAAGCUGCAGCUGAACAAGGACUGCACACCUUGCCAGCUCUAAUGUACUUUAGGAAAAAGAAACCCAUGGUGUACGACGGCGAUUUAACGCAAGCAGAUCGUGUACUGGAUUGGUUGACGUCUCAAGACGUUUUCGAAAUCAAAAACGAGAUAGAAGAGGUCAACAAAAAGAUGUUGGAGAAACUAUUGGAAGAAAAUGAAUUUGUCACUGUAUUCUUCUAUGAAAUUAACUCGCUGGAAUCUAACAUCAUAAUGGAGAAGUUGGAGAAUAUUGACAGCGAAACUGACAACUUUGACAUAACGUUCGUCAAGAUGGCCGACGCGCGGUACGCCCGGAAGUGGGGCGUGACAAAUUUGCCCGCCAUCGUCUACUUCCGGCGCAGAUUCCCAAGCAUUUAUCGAGGCGAUUUACAUUCCGAAAAAGACGUUCUUGAAUGGCUGAGAAAAAAUCGAUAUCGACAACCAGAGCUAAACAUCUUCAUGUACGCCCUCUUGGCGAUCGGCAUAGCUUUUGUCAUAUACACGGCGUUCUUGUUACAAUGUUUCAAAACACCAACAACGCAGGUAGUUCCACAUCAUCCAAAACAAAGUUAGAACAGUAUGAAUUUUAAUAUUGAGUGCGUCAGUUUGUGUGUUUGAAUAAAUGCGAAUACAUGAGUAAAAUAAGUUAUGAUCUUCAAAAUACUUUUUUCUCUUGAUUUCAGGCGGCAUAUUUGGUAUCUAAUAUGAAGAUCUGAUCGGUUUUAAACUACAUAUUGUAGUAAAAUAUAAUAUCUAUAAAAAAUAUGCUUCCUCUAAGACAUUCUUAAUAAUGAAAUGAUCGAAAAUCGCGCUAAAAUCUACUUCUAAACUAAUGAAACUGGACCAAACGUAAUGUGUUCUCCUUCGAAAUAUGUAUUAUACAGGGUGUUGCAACAAUUAUAAUGAUAGUUCUUUAAAUUGUUGUAACACUUUAAAGUAAUUCACGUGUAGUUAAAUGUCACCAUCAUAUAGAUCUCGUAUAUUAUUUAUCUUAUGUUUUUGUCACCUUUGUUUUUGUUUAACAUACCCGUAAAAAUACGAUUAAACUAAAGACAGAAUUUUUUUUUGAAUAUAUUCUUGCCUUGUCGUUGUGUAUAAAAUAUUAGUUUAUUGAAAUAUGAUGAUCAAACAGAAAAUAUGUAAAUAUUGUAAAUAAAUAUUAAAACCAAUUAAAAUA